AUGCCGAUCUACCAAAGAAGAGGAACACCCACGAUUGAGAUUCGUGCGUCAAAAUCAUCCGAUGAUGAUUCAGAUAGUUCAUCAUCAGAUUACUGUAAAAAUAAUCCCAAAGCAGAUCAAUGUGAGAAACCCGUUAGUGAUAAUAGUGUUACCAUUGCCUUGUCUAUUGUAUUACCUUGUCUUGCUAUAUUUUGUGUUCUUGGAUAUUUCCUUUAUAGAAAUUAUAGAAAGGAUAAAAAAGAAAGUAUGGAACAUGAUCCUGAUUUUGAUGAAAAUGGCGAAGCCACUGCUUUGCCAGAUUACCCACAGAUUAAGUCAUAUCAAGAAAACCCAUUUGAUAAUAGAAACUCAAUUAGAUACCCAAUGGAUAAUGUAAGUACUCAUCAAUUUGGUCAACAACAACAUCAACAAAAACGAGAUCCAUAUUUGGACAGUUUUGUUUUACCAUAUCAACAUCAAACUGGAUCCAAAUUAUCUUUAGAUGACUAUGCAAGAAACCUUGGUGAUCUGCAAGGUUAUCAAACCCCUUCUAAUAUCCUUGGCAGAUCAAGAUCGAAUUCCAUGCAUCUUGAUCAAAAAUCUUCUUCCGGAUUAAAUGCUCCUACUCAUUCAAGAAAACCAUCAUCUGCAAAAAGUCCAACAAAGAAAAAAGAUGGUAAACAAUAUACUAAUAUCCCUAAUGAAUCUGUACCUAAUUUUGCUGUUGAAUCUAAUCAAGUUGUAUCUGGUGGUGGAUUCAAUGAACAUGAUGAGCCUUCAUCAUCAUCUUCUUCUUCUUCUUCUUCUGCCACCCCAACUGUUCCAGAGGAAAAAUUUGCUACUAAAUAUGAAAUGGAAACUGAAUCAGAAUCAUCAAUGAACAAGUCAGGUAUUCCACAAAUAGUGGUAAGUGAAAACAAAGUGGAAGAUUCAUCUCCAUCUCCAUUUGAUGACGAACACGAACAUGCCACUACUGCUACAGAAACCACAGUUGAUACUAUUCCCAAUGAUGACCAUGAUGAUGAUGAUGACGAUGAUGACGAUGAUUAUGAAUAUAAUAAUCGUGAUGAUGAUGAAAUUCAUUUUAGCACAAAGAGUAAACAAGUAUCUUCUAGACCUAAAUCUCCCAGAAUUUCUGCAUUUAAUUUAUUGAAAAACGAAAGUGAUGAUGAAGAUGACAAUGGUCAUGGCGAAAAUGAUGAUGACGAUGAUGACGAAAUGAAUGAAUUGAGUCCAGAACAAAAAGAAGAGAUUAGACGUAUGAAAUCUGUUUACAAGGUUUAUUUUGAUAAUGAUGCAGCUCCACAACAACCUCGACAAUAUGAAGUUGAUGGUAAUCACCCACCAGUGCCAGUCGAUAAGAUCAAUAAUGAAUUAAAAAUGGAUACAGAUUAUGAGAAAAGAAUUAGUACUGCUUCUUCGGUAUAUAAUGAUGCAGAAGAUGUUGAGCAUCAUCAACAAUACUAUUACGAUCAAUUCAAUCAACAAUAUCAACAACAAUUUGGUUCACCAGUGGAUCCAAACUUUUAUCAUCAAUUCCAACAACAACAAUAUUACAACUAUUAUCAACAUGAACAACAGAGACGUAUACAACAAGCUAAGAAACCAUUACCUGCAUUACAAAAAUUACCUAACCCAGCUGAUUUCAGAAAAUCUACUUUACAAACUUAUACCAAUUUCAAACCAAAUUUAAAGAACCAACCAUCAAGUUCAGGAAAACAACCAUUUAUUCCAAUUGAAAAUGAUGGUGUCUGGUCAUCGCCUAUUAAUUCUCCAUCUAUUCAAUCCCAAGCAUCAUUCCCACUGCAAAACCACAACCAACAGAGAAAUAUUUCUGAUAGUUAUUUCCCAGAGCAAGAACCUGUACAACAUAAUGUUCCUUCUGCUACCCAAUUAUCUAGAUCAUCUGUGGUUAUGUUGAAUCCAGUAACGGAAAUCACCAAACAAAGGAAAUUCAAACCUGCUGGUUCUGUACCACAUAGUUAUCAACCACAACAAUAUGGACAAAGCGAAUUGAAUGGACCUGAAAAUGAUUUAAUUCCUGGAAGUAGGAAAAGUGAUGUUAGAAGAAUGAUGAAUACCAAUUUCUAG